AUGGGCCCCCAGCACUCCACGGAUCGCCAAAACGCCGCGUCGGCGCCGCGCUUGCUAGGCAGACUCGCGGGGCCCAACCCGCAAAGCGGCGCCGGCCGCCGACGGGGAAGCUCGGAUAAGCGUAAGGCCGGCAGAAGCGACAAGAGUAGUAGUGACGCAGGCGAUAAACGCGAGAGCAGCGCGACGCAGCCCGCUGGCGGAAGUAGCGGGGUGUCGAGCAGCGCAGUAUCGGGCACGGGCGGAGCAGCGGAUCAGAAAUCAAAUGAGGGGAAGGCGGCGGCGUCGCCAGGCGGGAAAUGGGGGGCUCGAUCCCGGCAUCGUAGCGCGAGCGCGGGGAACAGCGAAGAGCUGCGAUUGGGCAGCGAUGUGAAUGUAUCGAAGGGCUCGGAAAAGUCGCGGCAUAGUUCCGAUUCUGUGAUUGUACCGCGAUCCGCGAGCUCCGAGAAACCCGCCGCCGGGAAAGGCGAUGGGAAAGGCGGCGGAGAAAGAGGGGUUCCGCGCGCGGCGUCUUACAGAGUCGAAAGCUCUAGCGCAGCAGUUGCUUCCGCCAUGGCGGAGAAUAGGCGGGACAGUUGCGGGGGAGGAGCUUCGGCGGGAGACGUUGUCAGCGGCGGUUUGGGCGGAGGGGAAAGACCAAGAAGUGGCGGGUCGGCGGAAGGAGGGCGGAGCCCGUGGCGGAGCGGAGCCGCAGGGGCUGUACCCGGGGGAAGGGUGGGGAACGGCGCAGGGUUGGCGGAACGGGUGAUUGGGGGACUGACUUCCGCUGUAGGGGCGCAAAGAGAAGGCGACAGAGGGCCGCGUCCCGAUACAAGCCCACGCGAUAAUGGCGGCCAAGCUUCGAAUCAAGCGCAGCAGCUGCGGCAGGUGUCGCAGAAGGAGCUGCGCGCAGCGCAGAAGGAGCAGCGCAUGCAGCAGAGACAGGCGCGCGCGCUGCUGCGCAAGCACGCGGGCGCACAGGCCGGCGCGCAGGCCGGCGCGCAAAAAGGCUCGCACCAGCGUUCCGCCAGCGGGGGCGUGUCCAGCAGCAGAAGCGGAGGAGGCGGAGGUGGACGCGGAACGGCAGGGGGACGAGGCGGAGGAAGCGGAGGGGGAGGGGGCAGGGGUCAAGUGACGGAUAAGGUGCUGUGGCGGUUCGAGGUGAAGCCGGGCGGCGGCGGCAGUGCCACGUCAGCCGCAUCCACGCCGUCCCCGUCCAAACCCAUCCAAUCACACGCCACAGGAUCCCUCCCUGCCACGCCAGGCAGAGCGGCUGGCCAAUCAGGAAGCAGCAAAGGCAGCGGCGGCGGCGGAGGAGGAGGAGGGGCAGAAGGCGCAGGAGGAGGGAGUUCGUUACUCGGACAGCGGACGUUCAGCGGGGUGUCAGCCUCAUCAUACGUGGGCCUGCCCCCCUCCGCCUCUCUGCCCGUCCCCUCCUUCGGCGGCCAGUACAGCGGCACGCUCAGCGACCCGGGCGGGCCGGGUUACGGCGGUUACCACCACCGCGCCAUGCCGUCCGACAGCAGCAUCGACAGCUGGCAGGCCGGCGGAAGCGGGUUGAUCCACGGCCUCGCGCCUGCUGCUGGGGCGGCUGCUUCUCCUGGGAGUUUAGGCCCUGGUGGUGGUGGUGGUGGUGGUGGUGGUGCUGCUGCUGCUGGUUCUGGUACUGCGGGUGGCGGUGGGUCGGGGUACGGUGUGCCGCCCUUCUCCCCCCACGCGCUCUCAACGCUCUCUAGCAGCCACUCGGGCAAUUUCUCAGGAGCGCUCUCUGACGCCGGCGGCAGUCCCUUCGGGUCACAGCCUCGUGGGGCGUUCGCUGCUGCGCCCUCUGCAUGGUCGGGCGGAGCAGCAGCAGCAGGAGGAACAGCAGCAGGGAUGGUGGGAGGGGGUGAUAGUGGUGGUAGUCUGCUGCGCCUGGCACCGAGUGAGCUUAUGGCUGCACUCAUGCUGCAGCAGCAGCCAGGCGUGCUUCAGCCCAGCCCGUUACAGCCCAGCUUACUGCAGCCCAACUUACUCCAGCCAAAUCAGCUGCAGCCAAGUCUGCUACAACCGAGCCUGCUGCAACCGAGUUUGUUGCAACCAAGUCUGCUACAGGCGUUGCAGCCUGGGCCUAGCACCCUCCCUGCUUCGGCUGCUGCGCCACCAGCUGCUCCCAACACUGCCUUUGCCGAGCCUGCUGCCUCUGGUUUGGGCGCUGCCAUACCUGCAGGCACGGAAGCUAACACUUACACGUAUUUAGCUGGGAACAGAGAGGAGGAGGAUCAGGCAGGGAGAGAUGCUGACGUGGACUCUGUGGAUGAUGACAGGGAUGAUGAGUCACAGGACGAAGGAGCUGAGUCAGAAAUUGAGGGAGUGCGAGUGGAUGGAUUCCGGGCCACAAUUAGGGCGAAAGCAGGGUUAGCCCUUAUCCUCUUCCUUCCAAAGCCCUUAUCCUCUUCCUUCCCAAGCCCUUAUCCUCUUCCUUCCCAAGCCCUUAUCCUCUUCCUUCCCAAGCCCUUAUCCUCUUCCUUCCCAAGCCCUUAUC